AUGAAUCAAGUGCCACAGCGGGACUCAAUCCUACGCUGCAUCCACCUGGCACCUGGAUUCAUUGAAGAGUCAUUGGAGAAGCUGGAGAAGGAGCCAAAGAAUAGCUCCUACGCUAUACGGGUGGCUGAGCACAAGACCUCGGUGCAAUUUGGAGAGGCUACCCUUGCACUCACGCAGAGGGGAGUCAGCUGGGUGAAGAGGCUGAGGGACAUAAAGAAUGGGGCUGGGGAGCGCCAUCAUUGCAUCUUGAUCCGCAGUGCCCUAGCCGACAGUGCCAAGUCUGCCCUGACGCCCGAGGAGAGGAACAAAGUCAGCACUUUUAUGUGUCAUGACACUAAGACUGCUGACAGGUUUUAUGUCCUGAACCCCAGCCUGCAGGAGGCCGUCAGAAGAAGAACUCUAAUUACUGAUGCACUCUCCAAAGUGCCCUCCAGAGAGAAGCCAUCCUCCUCCUCAGCUGCCCACAAAAGAAGAGCAAAAAAGGCAGGUCCAGCACCCAAGAGUACGAAAGCCAAGGGGGAAUGGUCCACCUCAGAAGAGGAGGAGGAGGAAGAAGAAGAAGUAGAGAAUGAGGAGGAUGAGGAGGAGAAGGAGGAGGAAGAAGAGAAGGAGGCAGCAGAGGAAGGGGCACACGCACUACAGAUGAGGUCACCCAGCAAAGCAAUAAUUAAGCCCUGCUCUGUAAGAAUUAGCCCGUUCAAGACUUAUAAUCUCCGGCUCCAGCGCCAACGCCGGGCAAGUGCCAAAGUAAGGCGUGUUCUGGAGAAAAUGGCCAAGAAUUAAAAACUUUUUAGACAUUUUGUAUUUUAAAAGUUGCAUGUUUUGGUGUUUUGGUGUUUUUUUUUCAUGGUUGCAUGUGUUGGUGUUUUUAAUA